ACGCAGCGCAGGCGCAGGCGCAGCCGGCCGCCUGUCCCGUGCUCCCGUUCUGUCCUGCUCCUCGGGCUUGCCCCUGCCUAUUCUUGAUGGCGCGGCGCACGCAACGGGGGGCUGUUCCUCGCUUCCUCCCGUCCCGUCCGUGCUCCGUGCGUUCUCCCCCACCCGGCCACACCGCACAGCUAGCUAGCUAGCUACCGUCCAAAUCGCGGCAUAAAAUGUGGCCCGGCCAUGGAGACUUUCCCCUCCCCCUCCUCCUCUUCGCCCCCGCAUCUGGCCCGGAUUAGCCGCCCCCGGCACCCCAGAUCGGCCGACCGCUAGCCCUGCCAGUUGAUCCAGGCGGCUGCUGCUGCUGCGAAACAAUGGCGACAUCCAAGAAGGAGCCUCUCAACCCCAGCAGAGACAGGGCCACAAGGAUGUCACCGAACCUCAGGCCGUCCAGCAGCGAGUCUUCUGGGUACGGGUAUGGCACGCGGCGGGCGCGGUCGGUCCCAAGCUCCCCGGACCGCAAAUUCGGCUCCUCGUCGCCGUCGGUUGCUGCCUCCGGCUCCCCGGAUGUCAACCGUCCGUCGUUGUCCAGCGCCGGCCGGUCCGUCUCGUCGCGGACCGGCUCAUCCAUCCAUGGUGGCAGGACCCAGCCAUUCCCUGGUGCAGCCUCAAAGCCCACGCUAGUGAGAGCGAAAUCGGACAAGGUCGGCACCACCUCUCAGCGGUCUUUGGCGCUUGCUUUGCCGCCGAGCAACUCCUUCAAGGACAUGGCCAAAACAGCGUCCAAGGCGUCGCCAUCCACCUUGCUGAGGAGUAGACUGUCUCCUAGGCCUGACAGUUGUAAGGCGGCAGCAUCUCCCAAACCGAGCACCCAGAAGGUGGCGUCUCCAGGGGCAGCUCGAGGUGGGAGAGUUCAGACAGUGUCCAAUGCACGCUCACCCGGUGCGAUUGCGAAGAAUAGAUUGGAUGCUGCUAAGGCUGCUACUGCCAGCUCAAAGGCAAAAAGUGUUUCUCAGAAGGUAAUGGGGGCAUCUGCAACCAGGAAGGAGAAUGAAGAGGAUCCAUUGAUGCAGUUCAAGGAAACUGAGAGCAUAAGCACCCCGUCUAUAGAAGAGAACUUGCACGGGCAGCUCCCUGAUCCGGUCGACCUGAAAUCCAUGGACGUGGCUGUACGUGAUCAGCAUGAGCCGUCUUCCAAUCAACCGGAGCAACAGGUCAAGAAUGAGGAGGAUUUCAAGGGGCACUUCUCUGGAGAAAAGGAUGAUGCAGGAGGCAAUAAGCUGCAUAACGGAGGGCAAGAUGCUAAUGGUGGCGUAAAGACUUUUGAUGAAUCUGGGUUUGUUGAGAAGGAAGAGGCUAAUGGGAGUGUGGACAAGGCAGUGCAUCUGCCGAACAUGACUGAAGUGGCUCAGAUGUGGAGGAAGGAUGAUCCCAAGGGCAAUGAUGUAAUUGAGGAAGCCAAAAGCAAGCUCCUGGAGGAGAGGAAGAGCAGGGUGAAAGCCUUGGUAGGGGUCUUCGAGACGGUCAUGUCCUUCAAGGAGUAGUGCUCGACUUCAUUUUUGGAUCCGUCCUGUCCAUCUUAAUGCUGAGUACAUCCUGUCAUGAAUAUAUAUGUGAUCAUGAGGAGCUGAGUGUUUAUAUGAUGAUUUCCUUGCUUCAUUGUACGCAACGUUAUGUUUCUUUUUCUGAAUGAUCAUUGCAUUCGACAUGGAUUUGAUCGUUUGUUGCUUUUAUUGAUGUAGAGUGGAAUGAAAUGCUGGUGCUUAUUGAGAAACAUUUGGAUUCUGUGAGGUGUAUUCAUACUUCCAUUGCUGGUAUCUUGCAA